UUCACCGACUCCGCUUUAUCCUUAUCCCACUCGUGCGACGUCGAUCGAGAUGUGGGGUUUCUAGCGGCUCCCGAAAUGAAAGGCGCUCCAUUCCAUUGAUGACGUAAGAAGGGAUUGGUGCUCGGUGUGUACGAAACAGAGAACGAGAGCAACGUCGUGUUUACUCCUACUGCCGCCAAGUACAAUGAAUUGGUUAACGGAAAGCUGCUGAAAAAUAUCUUGCUGAGUGACUAGACUGAGAGACGAUAUUAUACAUAUGAUAUGAAGCGCAACUUGCUCCGCACAAGGAUUUCCUAGACAUAUGCUGCGCUUUAUAAAUGAGAAUAUAACUAGAGAAUAAUAACUGCCCGAUUUAUGACAUAUUCUUUUCGACGCGAUGUCAGACAAAUCAAAUGCCCAAUUAGGAAGAUUAUAAACUGUUAACACUUCAGUCAUAAUUAAUCUUUGCUGCUUGAAGACUGAAUCAGAAAUUGAAUAUAAUAAUAGAGUAGUAAUGUCGACUCCUGGCAAUAGUAAUAUGGGGAACGAUAACAGCGCAGGGAGUAGUUGUGCUGGAUUAGGUGACAGUAGUGGUAAAAUUAAUAAGCUUCAACCCACAAAUGUACUACAAAGGAUGACUGGGAUAUUAGAAGAUAAGAGCAAUGAUUACAUGUGCCCAAUUUGUUUCGAUCUUAUCGACACAGCGUAUAUCACACGUUGCGGACAUACGUUUUGUCAUCAUUGUAUCGUAAAGUGCUUAGAAAUUAAGGAUCGUUGUCCGAAAUGCAGUUUUACAUUAAACGAGCAAGACAUCUUCCCGAAUUUUCUGUUGGACGAGCUAGUUUCCAAAUAUAAGACGAGAACUAAGGGUCUUGCACAGUUAGGCUCUUACUCGGAGAAUGGUAGACAUAGAAUGACUGGUAACGAUUCGUCAACACCGGCAUCUGAUGGAUUAAGAAGCAUCGUUGCAGCAGAGAGCGCCAAUCUCACUCUACCCGACGUAAAUGUAAUGUUAGAAGUGCUGACUCAACGAAAGCAUCUACUCGAAGCAGAAACUUGUACAGCGCAAAAUAAACUUCUGCAUGAAUUCCUGAAACACCUGUUGCAACAGAAGGAGGAACAAAGAAAUCAAUUGCAAAAGGAAGUUGUGUUGAUCAAGAAGGAUAUGGAGGAAGUUGAGAGUAUUCUAAAGGAUGUUCAGAGCAAAUGUCCGCGGGUGGAAGACGUCAAAAAGGCGAGCGAGAAUGACACGGCGCAGGUUUCGGCCAUUAGACGAGAAAUGCUCGGCCUUAUAGAUAUAAUAGAUUCGAAUAUGGUGAAACCUAGCGACAAGGCGAUCAGCGGCAUUGAUAGUUUGAUUAAUCCAAACGUCAGUCAGCCCAGUGGAUCAACCCUAGCUAUACGUAGGAAGAGAUUACACGCUCAUUUCGAUGACUUUGUUCAAUGUUACUUCGAUUCCCGUGGCAAGGAGUUGCUGCUCGGCCAAAAAUCACAAACUCAGAGCGAAGCGCAGCAACAUGGCAGUGCACAUAGUACAAGUUCCGGUCUAGACGUCUUUCGUGAGAACCUAGUCAAGUUUUCAAGAUACAAUUCCCUGCGUCCAUUGGCGACUCUCAAUUAUUCAUCGGAUCUCUUUAACAAUUCCACAAUCGUUUCCAGCAUCGAGUUCGAUAAAGACAACGAGUUCUUUGCCAUUGCUGGCGUGACGAAACGAAUAAAGGUAUUUGAUUACGGUGCCGUUAUACGCGACACCGUUGACAUUCAUUAUCCUUGCGUCGAGAUGGUCUCCAGUUCGAAAAUCUCAUGCGUCUCGUGGAAUUCUUUCCACAAAGGUAUGCUCGCUUCAUCGGACUACGAAGGUACCGUGACAGUGUGGGACGCGACAACCGGCCAGAGAACCAAGACGUUUCAAGAGCACGAAAAGAGAUGUUGGUCCGUUGAUUUCAACGACGUGGACACGCGAUUGAUCGCAUCUGGCUCCGACGACGCCCGGGUCAAAUUAUGGGCAUUGAACACCGAUUAUUCCGUAGCGUCGUUGGAGGCAAAGGCGAACGUAUGUUGCGUGAAGUUUAAUCCACGCAGCUCUUGUCACCUCGCAUUCGGUUCUGCGGAUCAUUGUGUACAUUAUUAUGACUUGCGUAAUAUGAAGGAGGCUUUAUGCAUAUUCAAGGGCCACCGCAAAGCCGUCUCCUAUGUCAAGUUUAUUAACAAGGAGGAAAUUGUUUCUGCGAGUACGGAUUCUCAAUUGAAAAUGUGGAAUAUAAAUAAUCCGCUCUGUCUACGGUCCUUCGUGGGACACGUGAACGAGAAAAAUUUUGUCGGACUUGCUACUGACGGCGAUUACGUCGCCUGCGGAUCGGAAAAUAACGCGUUAUACGUGUACUAUAAAGGACUAACGAAACAGUUGUUCUCGUAUAAAUUCGACGCCGUUCGAAGUAUACUGGAGCUGCAAGACAGAAGAGAGGAAGAUCUGAAUGAAUUCGUGUCCGCGGUAUGUUGGAGACAGAUGUCUAAUGUCGUGGUAGCCGCUAAUUCUCAAGGAAUUAUCAAAAUAUUAGAGUUGGUUUAAAAACAAUUAAAAUUAAUCGAACGGAGGAUAAUUAAGUGGAUUGAAUGAAAAUAGCGUAUGAAUAACAACGAGAAAAAUGACAGAAUUAUUCUAAAUAGCAUAAUAUAUAAUAUAUAAUUUAUCAUAACACGACAUGUAGAGAAAAUUUUU